CCGGAAAAGAGUUUUGGUUUAGUUGCUGUUCACAGUCCUCCCAGAGAGAUGCAGCGUGCUGAUCAGCCUCAUCCUCUGUUUGGAGGAGCGCUGUCAGCCGUCCUCCCUCACAGCGCCAAAGACGUCAGUGAGCUGAGGGAGAUCCCGGACAACCAGGAGGUGUUUGCCCAUCAACACACCGACCAGAGCCUGAUCGUGGAGCUGGUGGAGUACCAGGGCCAGGUGGCAGACCAGGACGCCGCCAGGUAUCACUUUGAAGACAUCGCAGGCAGUAACAAGGCUUUAGAGCCAGGUGCUUUUGAGGUGACCACUGUUGUGUCUCUGUCCAAAUCCGAGCUGUCCCUGUCAGACUGCAGCUCAGCCUGGAUGCUGACUGGGACACAGUGUGUGUCCAAAUUCAACGAAGAGGCGAGGAAUACAGUGACCCUUCACCUGGGUCUGCUCCGUCUGCCACAGUUCUCCACAGAAGUCCUGAUCACCUUCAAUGACCCGCAGACAAUCAGCCCCCACAGCAGCAGCGCGGCCUCGUCGGAGACACACAGAGAGCCGUGGACAGUCCAGCACUUCCAGCGCCUGUUGCAGACUCUGACUCUGCACAACCCGGGGCUGUUUGGGUAGAACAUCGGAUACUUUCUCAGCAUGGGACACAUUUAGACACAUUGGGACUAGGGUUGUCACGAUACUAUAAUAUUUUCAACUCAAUACUGAUAUGGCUGUGUUCUUGUGAGAUAUUCUACCUUUAGAUCCCAGAAACGUACCUCGAUUCUUUUCUCGGAAUCUGUUCAGGUCCAUUUUGGCUUUUUCCCCACAAACUGGUCGUCCUUGUCAGAGCAGAUGUUGAGGAGACUUAGAGAGCCCAACAUGAAGAGUUUUUAUUCAGGUUUGGCAAGCAGAGCAGCAGAGCAACAACAGUCCUUUAGUUUUUAGUAAGUCAUUGUAAUGUAUGUGCACCGUGAUUAGGGUUGUCAUGAUACUAAAAUUUUCAACUCGAUACCGAUACUCUGGAAAAUAUUCGAUACUCGAUACCAUUUUCGAUACCACAAGGAUAAAAACAAAGACCCCAAAAUGUCACAGAAAUUGAUGAUAAGCUUUAGCUCUGAGGUAGUGCAAAAAAUAAAUAAAUACAAUAAACCAGGGGUGUCAAACUCAAAUACACAAUGAGCCAAAAUCUAAAACUUGAAUAAAAUCGCGGGCCAACAUUGAAGAAAUAAACCUUUUAAUAUAUACCAAACAUGUUUUGCUUGAACAUUAAAUAUGGAACCAGCCACCCUUAUAAACAUACAAUAUAUAACUAAAUAGUGCAGACAUGCAAAAUCAAAUUUCAAAUAAAAAACACAUCAAUGUCAUUAAUUUACAAUAAUAAUAUAAUAAUUUGGUAUUGCCUCGGGGGCCAAAUAAAAUUACACUGCGGGCCAAAUUUGGCCCGCGGGCCAGAGUUUGACACCCCUGCAAUAAACAAUAACAAUUAGAACAAUAUUUUGAGGUUGUAUGCUGUGCACAAUAUUAGGCAAGCUUGAUAAAAAAAAACAAAAAACAAUAACUUAACUUAAGUGUUCCUUCCUUGGCUAUGCUUUACACACAUAACAAUAAACUAAAUGACACUAGCCAAACCAGUUAACAUGAACAUUACAUUGUUGAAAAAGCUCUGUUUAUUUUCAUAGCUUCUGGGGACUUGGCAUCAUAUUUUCGUUGUUGGUCAAACACAGACGGUAAAGUCGAUACUUUUGAAAAUUAGUAUCGUAUCCGGAUACAACAUUUUAGUAUCGAUACUUUUGACAACCCUAAUUAGGACUGUGUUUUACCACAGGAAUCAGGCCCACAGCAUGCUUUGGGUCCCGAACUUGAAAGUUCUGGAAGCAAUUCCUACAAGCAGGGGUCCAGUUGCUGCCAGGACAUACACGUCCUGUUUUGCCAUUGAUGUUGACUUUAUCUGCAUAUCUAAAAAUGAAUUUAAAAACCAAACAUGUCAUAAGAAUAUAGUUUUUGUCAUAUUAAAUUUUUUGGAUAAAAAAUCUUGGACCAUUUUAUUGUUUUUGUAUCACCUGAUAAAGAUUUAUUUGUAGGUUAAAGAUGCUCUUAACCCUCUGGGACCCCUAUGGACAUUUUCAGCCAUAUUUGUCAUUUUUCACUUCUGUUUUGCCAAAAAUUUUUGGCUGUGA